CAAGAAACAAGGAACCAGACACCGAAACUCACCCUUGCCAUCUCAAGUGAGCGAUUACUUCCUGCUGGAGAAACAGCUACUUCAACAUCUAGUAAACAUCUGAUAUGUUUUUACUCUGAGAAACUCAGACGAGUGACACAGGUUAUCGAUCUGUAUUAUAGACAUGAGGAAAAGACUGAUUCAGAUCUUUGGCUUCUUGAUCUCAACCCUAGGUUGGGUUUUUGUGUGCUGCACAAUAGCAAUGGACUACUGGAGGAUUACAUAUAUUGGUGGCCAAGGUGGCUCCUGGAUCAUCAAGACAGCAUCGUACUGGUCCAACUUGUGGAGGGACUGCUACACCGACUCCACAGGCACAUCCAACUGCAGAGAUUAUGAUGUCUUGUGGGGUGUCACGCCAUAUAUCCAGGGUGUCAGAGGACUGCUGAUGGUGGGCAUGGCCUUUGGAUGUGUCGCUGCCAUAUUAUGCUUUAUUGGCAUGGACUGCACCUACAUUGGGGGAAGUGAGAAAGCUAAAGACAAACUUGUUUUCAUUGGAGCCAUUUUCCAUUUUGUUGGUGGUAUUUCAGACAUGGCUGCUUAUUGCUUAUACAUCAACAGAAUUGCCAGAAUGACUUUUGCUAACUCUGUGGAGAGAGGUGUACUAAGGUAUGGCAUUGGACCUCCAAUAUUUCUUGGCUUGGUGGCCAGCUUUUUCAUCAUCCUAGGCGCCCUUCUGUAUGCAGUCACUGUGUACCUCGUCCUCGUCCCCAAAAGGGUUGUGUAUGCUUUAGCUCCGCGUACAUACAUGGCUCCUCAGACAUACAAGGGUUCCAGGAACAGAACACCGUACAACAGGCCUUCAUACUAUGGUCUACCAAGGCAAUCAAGGCAAUCAAGGCAAUCAAGAUCUUCAGGAUACACUAACAGCUCCAGGGUAUCAAGGAUUAGCCAAAUAACUGAAGAGAGAUCAGCAAGAGACGCAUUUGUGUGAGAUGCACACACACCUAUAUGAUGAUACAUUGUGACUAGUCUGACAUUUACCAAUUUGACUAAACUAAAAUGGUUAUGGAUUCCGCAAUGGAAAUACAUGUCCCCAACAAAUGCUUUUGUAAAUAAACUGAUAAAUGCCAUUUGAAACUAUGUAUGCUGUAUGCCUUGUAAUGUACCUAUCUAUUCAUAAGCUUCCUAAUAAAUAAAUAAAUAUGAUACCAUUGG